AUGUCAUCAAAUCAAACAUCCCUCAACCAAGCCAAGUUUGCCCUUCCAAACAAUGACCUUGAGCGACAUGCAACAAAUCUAGAGAUUGAAUCUGUGGACAACUUUGACUACUCAAAAAGAUCUCAAUGGCUGCGUGCUGCUGUGUUGGGAGCCAACGAUGGUUUGGUUUCAACAGCAUCACUGAUGAUGGGUGUUGGAGCAGCAAAGCAAGACAUCAAGGCCAUGAUCAUAUCAGGGUUUGCAGGGUUGGUGGCAGGAGCGUGCAGCAUGGCCAUAGGGGAGUUUGUGUCUGUUUACUCACAACUUGACAUAGAGGUUGCCCAAAUGAAGAGAGAGAAGGAAAGGAUGCAAGGUAGUGACAGAGAAGUGGAAGAUACCGGGGAACAGAAAGAAAGCUUGCCAAACCCUUUACAAGCAGCAGCAGCCUCAGCUUUAGCCUUUGCUGUUGGUGCAAUGGUACCAUUGCUUGCAGCCUCCUUUAUAAAGGACUACAAGGUGAGGCUUGGGGUGGUUGUGGCUGCUGUGACCUUGGCUUUGGUGGUGUUUGGUUGGUUAGGGGCUGUGUUGGGUAGGGCUCCGGUGUUUAGGUCUGCUGCGAGGGUCUUGGUUGGGGGUUGGAUGGCCAUGGCCAUUACUUUUGGUCUAACCAAGUUGAUUAGUUCAAGUGGACUCUAG